GAAUGAAAAUCAUAUAAAAGAUCAUUUACUUGUCAUUUGUUUCUUUUGCAGAAAAGUGCGCAAGGCACUAUAAUCGUCAAGAUUUCUACUAUGUGGCUAACGAGAAGAGAGAAGGGCUUGUGUGUGACGACAAGAAGUAACCAAAGGGGCUAACUAUAGAAGAGAGGGGAUCUACUUGGGAAGGAAGAAGAUAGUAGGAGGGCCCAUGUGCAAACAUCAAAAUCUGCCGUGAGGGGAUCAAAAUCCCUAGGUCACUACACAAUUCCCCUUAGGCUUGGCAUCUCAUCUCUCUCCCCCGAUCCCUUUCUUCUCCACCUCCGGCCGCCGCCGCGGCCAGGCCGGCGUGGCGUCGCGCCACCGCGCCAUCACCAGCACCACCGCGUCACGCAGCACACCCGCCAGCGCCAUCAGCUCCUCCCCAUGCCUCCACUAGCUCCACCGCACCAAAUCCAUCCACCAUCACCACCAUCUCCAGCCAUCGCUGCACCUCGCACGCCCGACCAGACAAGAGGGUCAUGGGCGUCUGGUCUUCCGCGUGAGCGCCCCCGUGCUGCUGAUCUUCUUCUCCUUCCCCCCUGCUGCUUCUUCCCUUCACGUUGAUGCUGUUGCCUUUCUUGCACCCAAGCCGCUUCUCCUCUUCUCUGAAACUGCUUCUGCCUCUUCUCUCGAUCUCUGCUGCUUCUUCUCCGGGACCUCAAGCUGCUGCUCCAUUCCCAAACUGCUGCUCCUCUCUCCCUAGCGCCACCAUACUGCUGCUCCUUCUCCUUCGCCUGCUGCUACUCCCUUGCCCCACGCCUCUGCUCCUUCUCUGAACCAACUGCUGGCUCCUAUUACCUCUCCCCGAAACUGAUGUUGCUCCUAUUUCUUGCUGCACCUUCUCCCCAGCGCCCUCUUGCUACUCCUAACUUGCUGAAGUUCUACUCCGAACGACUUCAUCUUGUGUGUUCGUGUGUGUGAGAUUGUGUGCAUUUGUACUUCAUAAGUAUUGAUAGUGUGUGAUGAAGAGAUAUGUUAAUUCCAGGGACAUGUAGUUGUUCUUAUAAUUUUGUUGAUCAGUGAGAAUUGGUACUGAUGCUUAUGACCUUCUAUUUCUAUGUAUGAGAUCUAGCCAAGCCUGUCAUUUGUAUAUUGCACUUGCUGAAUAGUGUUCAGUUUUCAGUCCCUGUUUUAGCUCUAGUACCCGUGAUGUAUAUGUUCGUGAUAUAUGUUUCAUGUGGUUUCGUAUUGCUGUUAUGUUGAUCAUUUUAGUGCUAGUAUUGUGUCUUUUGUAAUCCAAACCAUAUAUGAUUUGUGUGUGUGACUAAUUGACAGCUAGUAGCUUUUAAUUAUUCAUAUUGUUUCUUGUGGAUUUUCUAGCGAUGUUACUCUCUGUAGAAGUGAGACGUAUGAACAUUUAAUUUCCAGUCUCCGUGUUAAUGAUGUUAGUGUGAAUAUAUAUAUAUAUAUAUAUAUAUAUAUAUAUAUAUAUAUGUGUGUGUGUGUGUGUGUGUGUGUGUGUGUGUGUGUGUGUGUGUGUGUUUUUGUUGUGAUAUAUUUCUGUCCCUGUCGUACUAGCGUGUUCCCACCUUGUCUCAUACUUGCUAGUUAGAUAUAUACAUAUAUGUGGUCUUGUCUUGUUAAUUCCCCUUAUUGAGGAUGUUCGUCUGUAGUUUCAAUUUUCUCAAGUGAUAUGAAAACACCAAAAAAGGAGCGAGUUUCAAUCUUAAUCUCCUCGUGUCGUUUGUCAUUUUAUUUGUCAUCAUUCUAGAUUUGUAUUUUCUUCUUUCAUCAUCUAAAUUCUGUCACCUAGCUUUAGCCGAGCAUUGUUGCCGUCGCUUAGUCCCUGUGGAGAACACGACAUCCGUAGUUUGGGCGUAAAAACCCUGCUAUAUUACAAUUGAUCAUUUUGGCGCUGUUGCCGGGGACUAGCGUCGAGCGAUUAUGUUAGCUAUAGACUAGGUCUAUUUUAGUUUCGUGUUUAAUUCAUCGUGUAUUUCUUUUUCUGUGUUUCUUUUAUAAUUUUUUUCCUUGUUGUUGCUUCGGCUUAUUAGGAUACUAACAUUCUGACUAGUAUUUACUAUUUAUGAGUGUGCGUAGGAAAUCUGAUCUAUUUGCAGGUUGAUUGAUAGUUACACUUGGUGGAGAUAUGGUGAUGCUUCGUGAUGUUUGGAUGCCAAGCAGCCAAUGCUAUUUCACAGGGCCACUUUGGCCGUCUUUUGAGGCAGAAAAUUUUGAGCUAAAGCCUGGUCUUAUUGCUUUGGUUCAACAACAACAGUUUGCAGGUCUGCUCACUGAGGAUCCCUAUGAGCACUUAUACCGAGUCAUGUUGUAUUCAGGUACAGUCAAGUACCAUGGAGUUCCUCAAGAUGCUAUCAAGUGCAUGUUGUUCUCAUUCUCUCUCCGGGAUGAUGCUCGUGCUUGGUAUCGAUCCUUGCCAUCAAGAUCAUUCAGUUGGAACGAGAUAUCACAAGCUUUCUUGGAUAAAUAUUUCCCACUACACAAGCAGUCCGCAAUUCGAGAUGAGAUCCUCAGCUUCGUUCAGCGUGAAGGCGAGAGCUUGUAUGAUGCUUGGGAGAGAUACAGGGCUUUAUUCAGGAGAUGUCCUAACCACGGGCUUGAGAGAUGGUUAGAGCUGCAGAUAUUCUAUAGAGGAUUGACUUCGAACACUCGAGCUUAUGUCGAUAUGGCAGCGGGUGGAGCUAUUACAAACAAGACACUUGAUGAAGCUUUUCUGCUGAUUGAGAGCAUAGCUUUCCACCAACUUCAGUGGUACAAUAAGAAGCCCACGUCUGAUUCAUUGGUUUGCUUGCAACAAAUCACUACACCUCAGCCACCAAUUCUUACACAGAACCCUGAACCUCUAUCUCAGUGUGACAAGAUUGAGCUUGCAUGGAUUAUCUUUGACGAUGAUGACACCAUUCUAGUUGACACACACGCUACAGAUCAUAUGGAUACUAGUGUUGGAGAUUCGGUUUUGGAUUGUGAUGAUUCUUCCAUGGAUGAGCCAGAGCUGCAGUUAGUUGUUUUUGAUAUUGAGGAGUCACCUUUAGUUGAUAUUGAUCAUGUGCUGCUAGAGCCAGAUAUGGAGAAGUUCACCUUUGAUGAUGUUAGCCGCAUUGCUUCCUCAACACUUGAGCUUGAGAUGGAGAGCUUCAUGGUUGAGUAUGGUGAGGUGGAUUCAGAUGUCAAGGAGCCAAGCUCUACUAUUUCACUUGUUGACACGAGUCCGGUUGAAAUUUCUACUACCACACCUCACUUGGUAUCUUCAAUUGAGGUAGUCCUGAAGCUUCUUCCUAACUAUCUCAGGUUUUUGCUUGUGCACGAUCCAUUACAUGCUGACCAGGUUCGAGGUGACAUUCCUUGGGACCCUGGUGGACUCAGAGCAUGGGGAUGAGGAGAAGCAAGGGGGCACACUCGAGGAAGGGAGAAGCUGGAGCAGGCAUGAGGAUAGAGAAGCAAAAGGAGAGGAGC